CAGACAGGUGAACAGAGUGGUGUUACAUUUAUCCUUUGCAAGUUACUGCUGCUUCAUUUUGCUUCUUUUUUUUUUUAAGCGUGAAUUUACAGUUUUACUUCAUUUAUAACCGGCUAAUGGAAAGAGCAUACCUGUGCUAGGGGCCAGCUAGAAUGUCCUUCGUCAGUCUGCGAGCUACAGUCAGAUAACAAACACUUCAUUGGAUCAAUUACCAGAACAGACGCAACCAGCCUCCACUGAUGGCCUUCUUAAGGCAGCUGAAACUUCUUCUCUGGAAGAAUGGGCUGGCAGUCGUCAGGCAGCCACUAUGGUCCCUGACUCUGAUCAUCUGGCCUGUGAUCAUCUUCAUGAUCAUCGCUGUGACCCGCAAACAGUUUCCUCCAGUAAUAAAAGAAACAUGUUUUGUGGGACCCAGAAACCUGCCCAGCGCAGGCUUCUUCCCUUUCCUGCAGACCCUCAUGUGCAACACAGACAGCAACUGUAACAACAAAUCACUUUCGGUGGACCCGGCAGCAUUAAAGUCAACUAACAGAGGGGGUACAAGGUUAAACCAGCUACUUCAACCGGCAGACUUUACUGUCCCCAAGAACUACAAAAAGGAUUCUGAUGCACUGAUUGAGGCCUUGAGCAGCAUUUUGGGUCCAUUUCAUCAACAAGGGUUUAAUAAUGUCUCUCACAUGAACCCCAUGAAUACCACUCUUCUGGGAGAUCAGGAGUCCUUGAACAAACUGCUGGAGUCAAUGAACAUGCUGAAGAGAGCCAUCUGCACCAUGACGCUUUCCACGAUGAACACAACCUCACACAACCCGCUCUCCUACGCUGUGGUCACUUUCUGCAAGUCAAACAACACUGUGUUUGAAGUCUCGCUCAACACACUCAACCAGAUGCUGACGGAGCUGAUGGUGACAAAACCAAAUGAGACGAUGACGGUGGCCGCGGCCGCGGUGAUGGUGUUCGAUAAGCUGCAAAAUCACACCUCACUGUGGGAAAGCCUUCUAGCUAUUCCUCAGCUCCUCUCCUCCGGUUCUUUUGACCAAGUGCUGGCCAGCGCAGAGGUUCUACUCACCAACGUACAGGGUGCUAUGAAUGUCAUCCAGAACAAUUUCCCUGAAGUCGGUGCCUCACUUUCCACGGUGCAUCCGUUACUUGCUGGAGGUAUCAACAUGAUCCGCUACGCCCAAAAAUGGCCUGGCAGAGGUGUGUCUAUCACCCUCGGAGAUGUUGUCACGUUGCAGAAUGACUCACUAAGUGAGAUGGUGAAACGUGUUCUACAAGAGGUCAAAAUACCCCUGGACAAGGCUAUCGGCCUGACGUUUGACAGAGACAUGGUGCUUUCUCACUUGUGUGAGAACAGCAGUAACCCAUUGUGGUUAACAGCAGCGUGCAGUACAGGCACCGUGAACAUGCUUCUGGGCUUUAUCAGCCCUGAUAAGGUGGCAAAGCAGAUUCUCCUGGUAUGGAGUGAGCGUGUUGCGCCACAUGAUGUGUCCUUCGCCAAAGGACUGCUGCACAGCCUGAUGGGAGGUCCCUCUCCAGGAGGACAGGGAGGCACCAGGAACCGGCGUAGCGUAGAAACACAACCACAAAACAUCGAGGAGGAGCUGUUUUUGGGGGUCGGCAAAGUGGUGAUGGAGAUUAUACAAACUGUGCCGGAGCUGGAUAUGGUUGUCGAUGCCCUCCUCAGAACUGGCUUUCAGUUCAUGCAGUCAGCAACACUGGGCCUGGAUACUGUAGAAGAAAUGAUGGAAAAUUUCCUGAAAGAUGCUAAUCAAAUCCAAAUGACGUAUCUAUCGUUGAUGACAAACCAGUCUGCAGCAAGCGUUUGUAUUAGUCGUAUCCUGGACGGUGUGAUGGGAAUUCUACCAAAGGUUAUGUCAACUCAGUCUUUAACAUGCGAGGAUCUCUUUGGUCACUUUGAGUGGCUCUUAAACACAGAGAGCAUAAAGAUCGAGGUGUUGAGGUCAGCCAUCUGUCAGAACAGCUCUGCUCUACAGGAAGCGCUACUGAUGAACUGGUUGCCAUUGAUUCAGAAGGGACAAGACUUGUACAUUGCCCUCACAGGCCAAGGAAACUACAACCUGACACUUCCCAUGAUUCUCUCUGAGUGGCACAAGCUGUACAAUAAAAGUAUGCAGUUCGGGAUGCGUUCGAACAGACUGGCCGCACAGUUGUCUGGAGAAUACUGGAUAAACUGGAUGGUAGACAACAGCACUCAAGAUGUUCCUGGGAUUCUUCAACAAAGUGUUUUCUUGUUCAUGGUGAAUGUUGGAGAAAACAUUGAGAAGAGUCAACUGUGGCCCGAGGUAAAGGAUUAUUUCCACAUGCUUUACUGGAUUCUGAACUACAGGCCCGAUGUCACAACUCAGCCAGCAAACUGUUCCAUUGACAUCAACUACUUAUCCAUUCAUUGCAAUACUGGUUUGAAAUGGCCCCAGUUUGUUCAAGCAAUGACUCAGGCUCUGAUGUCACCAAGCCAAGACGUCCUGGUGAAUUGUCUCAAAGGAACCGUGAAUCUGUUGCAGAAUGCGUAUGGUGACGUCUAUAGAAAUCUGGUCGGAACAUAUUUGAAACAAGAAAUCCAAGGUGGAGAUGCGCUCUCUGCCUACCUGAUAAACCUGAUGAAAAACCUGGAUGGCUUUAUCAACACAAUCACCAUGCUUCCUGACCAAAGCAAUGUCACAAUUGCCCUCAUCGGUAACCUGUUACAGUCCACAGGUCUGAGACCACUGCUGCCUCUGCUCCUCAGUGACGGCCCCCUCAAUGCCUCUGCACUGCUCGAUGUAGCCUCGAAGCUUGGCCGGCUCAACCAGCACAUAUUUACCUUCAAUGAGACAGACCCAACGAUGCCUGAACUGGAACGGUUGAUAAUGCUAUUUCUCUCCUUGGAGGGUAACCUCACCAUGUCUCUUUCCCACAUCAUGGGAAACACUGAGCUUACCUACUCAGACUACUUCCACCCUGACUAUGUGGCCCGUCUCAGACAAGCCAUCGAGCCUUUCACCAACCAGACCUCAGCAGGCUUUGUAGAAACCAUCCUCAGUGCCAUGGAGCUACUAAAGAAGAUGUUGGAUGCACCAAACGGUGACCCAACUAACAUCAUUCUUGAGUACACACGCCAGCUUCAAGAAUUCCUGAAAGCUCUGUAUAGACUGCAGAAAAUCCAACAUCAAGGCCAGCUUAGCCCAGCACAAGUCACAGACCUCCACUCGCUUUCCAAGGACUUUCUCGACCUUCUCACCCAAGAGGGCCUUCAGAACCUGACUCAGGCUGGACCAGAUGCUGCACAGAACAUUGUCGCGCAGAAACUUGUAGCGUUCCUACCACCUGAGGUCCGACAGGAAGCUGCUCGCUUCCUCCAGGAUUUCAAAGCUCUGCAGUAUCAGAUAGCUAAAUGUGCAGCAGGCCAAAACUGUUUGGCUGGAAUCUCAGAAAUCUUCACUUUCCUGGAUCAGAUAUCAGAGCUGAUGCUCUCAGCCAACGUUAAUGUCACCAUCACAUUAGCUGCAACCAACCUGGUUCUGGAGGGACGGGAAUAUGAGGAGAUCACAUCCUUGUUCUUCCCACUCCUCCUGUCCUCUAAUGAUGCUUCCUAUGUGGAAUCAUUCAAACAGACUCUCCAUUUCAUCAGAUUGAUCAUGGCUACACCAAAUAUUACUGUGUCGGAUGUCCAGAAUGCUCUGCAGCAGUCAAACCUAACCCUCGGGGAGCUGAACAACAUUGCCGCACUAGCUGGAGCUGCCAACAUUAACGACCUGAUUGGAAAUAUAAUGCAGAUUAUCGAUGCUCGCCAGUGUUUCGAACCGCAGCAUAACCCGAUGGUGACAACCCAGUGUGUUAUGGGAUUGAUAAGCGGUGUCAGCAGUUUCCUGACACACCUACCUGCUUUCCGUAAUGAGACAGCCAUCCUUUCCCUCAUACCGUUAAUCAUCAAUAACACUAUCAGCGAUGGCGUCCAAGUUGACUUCAGCUCCAAUCCUAACUUGGCUCUCGCACACAUCCUGAACAGAACCCUGGCCAAUAUCAAGAUGAGCUUCCAGCUGAACCACAUGUACACUCCAGAGAUCAUGAAGGAAAUCAGAGUGGUAGAGGGUCUGAUACGACUGGUCGCCAACACGGACCCAUUUGACAAUUUGAACACCAGCUUGCUGAUGAACUCGGGGUAUGCUCAGAAAAUAUAUCUGGAGAUUGUGGAAUGGUACUUGAAAAGGCUGGAAAAUAUCACGAGCACAAGCUCGGCCUCAGAGCUCCUCGCUCCCUUUUACCACUUCACACAAAUGCAAGUGACAUCACAGCUGGCACACAGCGAAUUUUCUUUGUUUAUCAGUAAGCAGGUCGAGUUCCUGAUAAACAGCCUCCAGUACCCAAUAGAUGGUGCAGGGGUGAGACAAAUUGGCCUGACAACGGUUGAGAUUCUCCGGCGUCAAUUUGAUCUCAUCAUUCUUGAAGUAGAGGCUCAGAAUAACUUCCCAGGAUCUCCGCCGCUGCACAACACAACCGCUCUGCAUGUCAUUAAGCUCCAAGUGAAGCUUUACCUCGAUACAAUAGAGAUGUGGAUGAAACAACCCAAUGUCCUGCCUGUCCUCAGUAGCAUGCUACAAUGGGGAAACCCCUCCAUAAAUGUCUCCACCCCUGUGACAGACAUCCAGCACCUUCUGGGGACGAUGGUUAAUGUUCUCAGUGCCGAUCAACAGGCCUACCUCUCCAUCAUUAGCAACAUCACCAAGUCCCUGAGCGAAGCCCUAAUGGUGGCAGAGCAACCAGGCGGCCCACAGAGUGACCACUUCUUAGCCGCUAUCUUGGAAGCCGUCCAAAAAGCUAUGCAGGUCGUGACUGCAGUCACAGGCCCGCUGCCGCUCUCUGUACAGCAGAACAUCCUGGAAAUUGUGGGGGACUCAGUUAAACUCGCCGUCCAUCCACAAAUAAGUUUUGCCUCAUCACGUAACAUCUCCCUCCUCAUCCUCAAGAGGGUUGAGAGCGUCAUCCAACAGACACUACCAGAAAUCGCUGAAUACCUGCUUCCUGCUCUCAAAGUAGCAACCACAUAUUUUCAGAGCAUCUCCGCAGGCGGUGGACCAAACGUCUGGAAUCAAUUGAUCCUGGAUGAGAUGAAAACAAUCCAGAGCCUCCUGCCUCCAAACAGCUCAGCCCAGGCCUACGUCUCCGUCCUCAUUAACAUCACUCACUUCAUCUUGGAGUCUGGCCAAGGUAACAUGAGUCUCUGGACAAGUUUUGAGAGUGCAUCGGUAGAAAAUUUGCCCAUGAUUUUUGGCCAGAGCGUCCACUUCUUACCCGCCAUCGUCCAAAGUGCUAUUCAGACCCUGACUGGAGCCACAGCCCCCCUGCCGCCCUCUGUCCAGCAGGUCAUCCUGGAAAUUGUGCAGGACUCACUGAAGCUCAUUCAACCAAACAUGAGUUUUGCCUCAUCACGUAACAUCUCCCUCCUCAUCCUCAAGAGGGCUGAGAGCAUUAUCAAGCAGACACUACCAGAAAUCGCUGAAUACCUGCUUCCUGCACUUGAAGUAGCAACCCAGUAUUUUGAGAGCAUCUCCGCAGCCAGUGGACCAAACAUCUGGAAUCAGUUGAUCCUGGAUGAGAUGAAAACAAUCCAGAGCCUCCUUCCUCCAAACAGCUCAGCCCAGGCCUACGUCUGCACCCUCAUUAACAUCACUCACUUUAUCUUGGAGUCUGGCCAAGGCAACAUGAGUCUCUGGGCAAUGUUUGAGAGUGCAUCGGUAGAAAAUCUGCCCAUGAUUUUUGGCCAGAGCGUUCACUUCUUACCCGCCAUCGUCCAAAGUGCUAUUCAGACCCUGACUGGAGCCACAGCCCCCCUGCCGCCCUCUGUCCAGCAGGUCAUCCUGGAAAUUGUGCAGGACUCACUGAAGCUCAUUCAACCAAACAUGAGUUUUGCCUCAUCACGUAACAUCUCCCUCCUCAUCCUCAUGAGGGCUGAGAGCAUUAUCAAACAGACACUACCAGAAAUUGCUGAAUACCUGCUUCCUGCACUUGAAGUAGCAACCCAGUAUUUUGAGAGUAUCUCUGCAGCCAGUGGACCAAACAUCUGGAAUCAGUUGAUCCUGGAUGAGAUGAAAACAAUCCAGAGCCUCCUGCCUCCAAACAGCUCAGCCCAGGCCUACGUCUGCGCCUUCAUUAACAUCACUCACUUUAUCUUGGAGUCUGGACAAGGCAACAUGAGUCUCUGGGCAAUGUUUGAGAGUGCAUCGGUAGAAAAUCUGCCCAUGAUUUUUGGCCAGAGCGUCCACUUCUUACCCGCCAUCGUCCAAAGUGCUAUUCAGACCCUGACUGGAGCCACAGCCCCCCUGCCGCUCUCUGUACAGCAGGACAUCCUGGAAAUUGUGCAGGACUCACUGAAGCUCAUUCAACCAAACAUGAGUUUUGCCUCAUCACGUAACAUCUCCCUCCUCAUCCUCAUGAGGGCUGAGAGCAUUAUCAAACAGACACUACCAGAAAUCGCUGAAUACCUGCUUCCUGCACUCGAAGUAGCAACCCAGUAUUUUGAGAGUAUCUCUGCAGCCAGUGGACCAAACAUCUGGAAUCAGUUGAUCCUGGAUGAGAUGAAAACAAUCCAGAGCCUCCUGCCUCCAAACAGCUCAGCCCAGGCCUACGUCUGCGCCCUCAUUAACAUCACACACUUUAUCUUGGAGUCUGGCCAAGGCAACAUGAGUCUCUGGGCAAUGUUUGAGAGUGCAUCGGUAGAAAAUCUGCCCAUGAUUUUUGGCCAGAGCGUCCACUUCUUAUCCGCCAUCGUCCAAAGUGCUAUUCAGACCCUGACUGGAGCCACAGCCCCCCUGCCGCCCUCUGUACAGCAGGACAUCAUGGAAAUUGUGCAGGACUCACUGAAGCUCAUUCAACCAGACAUAGGUUUUGCCUCAUCACGUAACAUCUCCCUCCUCAUCCUCAAGAGGGCUGAGAGCAUUAUCAAACAGACACUACCAGAAAUUGCUGAAUACCUGCUUCCUGCACUCGAAGUAGCAACCCAGUAUUUUGAGAGUAUCUCUGCAGCCAGUGGACCAAACAUCUGGAAUCAGCUGAUCCUGGAUGAGAUAAAUGCAAUCCAGAGCCUCUUGCCUCCAAACAGCUCAGCCCAGGCCUACGUCUGCACCCUCAUUAACAUCACUCACUUUAUCUUGGAAUCUGGCCAAGGUAACAUGAGUCUCUGGGCAAGUUUUGAGAAUGCAUCGGGAGAAAAUUUGCCCAUGAUUUUUGGCCAGAACGUCCACUUCUUAGCCGCCAUCGUCCAAAGUGCUAUUCAGACCCUGACCGGAGCUACAGGCCCCCUGCCGCUCUCUGUACAGCAGGACAUCAUGGAAAUUGUGCAGGACUCACUGAAGCUCACUCAACCAGACAUCAGUUUUGCCUCAUCGCGUAACAUCUCCCUCCUCAUCCUCAAGAGGGCUGAGAGCAUUAUCAAACAGACACUACCAGAAAUCGCUGAAUACCUGCUUCCUGCACUCGAAAUACCAACCAUGUAUUUUGAGAGCAUUUCCGCAGCCAGUGGACCAAACAUCUGGUAUCAGUUGAUCCUGGGUGAGAUGACCGCAGACCAGAGCUUCCUUCCUCCAAACAGCCCAGCCCAGGCCUUCGUCUCCGUCCUCAUUAACAUCACUCACUUUAUCUUGGAGUCUGGCCAAGGCAACAUGAGUCUCUGGGCAGGUUCUGAGAGUUCAUCAGAAAAUCUGCCCAUGAUUUUUGACCAGAUCGGCAAACUCCUGAGCAGUCUUUGGGCACUCAUCAUGGGAGACCCAGGCUCACCUGUAAGUCCACCAUCGCUGGGGGUUUUUGCUCAUCUUGCUCCAGUCCUGGAGCAGCUGUUGACUGAGAAGGCAAACCAACAGACGUGGGAAAAACUUGAAAAGAUACUAGAGGCCCUACUGUCAACCUUCAAAGGAACAGAGCCAUGGGACCCAUCUGUUAUCCCAAUGUUGGAGAAAAUCAUAGGAAGCAUCGUGAACAACAUACAAGGACAGAACGCGUUGAUACUCAGCCUUCAGACGCCCCUGUUGACCCUGAUCGGAGAAAUUACGCAGACUGUGAACGGCAGUCAUUUUAACUUGUCUGACGUCUCGGAAGAAAUGCAGCAUGCCAUUGAACGCACGCUGAAAGCAGCUGAGCAGGCUAAUGGUACGUUGGGGUGCGGUGAAGUUCUCAAGGCAUGGGAGCCGGUGAGAGAGGCGUCUGGGCUAAGCCAAGCCACCGUGUAUAUGUGGUGCAACAUCAGCCUGCAGCCUGUUUUGAAGGCCUACGCUGCAUCCCAGGCUGUAUACACCCAUAUGAACAUGAGUCAGAUGGGUGGGGGACCAAUGAAUGUAAGCACCACAUCUGCCGGGAUUGUCAAGGCUGUACAGUCUUUCUACCAAGCCAACAUUAACAGCUCACUUGUGACAGAGCGGGUCAUUUCGGCCAUCCUCAGCCAGCUCUCUCAGCUCGCAGGCCGGCCUCUGAGCCACGAAGCACAGCUUUACUUGUACAAGCAGCUUCAAGACAUGCAGUUGCAAAACAGUUUGUCUUCCUUCAAAAUGCUCACAGAUGAGCUGGUAAGCGUGGCCCCGUUCAUCCAGCCUUACGUUGAAGCUGUAGAGAGAGCUCUGAGGCACAUCCUGGGCAACUACCAUCUCCUUCAAAACAGCAGCUCAUCCCAGGACCUCUUCAGAGAAGCAGCGAUGAUCUUCCUGUCCGCCGCAAACAUCACGGCGGACGACAUCUUCCCCAUGAUGUGGGGAGAUUUGUCUGGACCCAAUGCGGCAUCUCUCCCCGACAUGCUGAGGCAAGCUGUCAGACUGGUGAUUGACAUGGAGAUAUUUGGGGAUGCACCUAUGGUUUACCGAGCCCUGGAGCGAUUUCUGGCAUCCAACGUCUCGAGCGUGAUCGCGCAGAAGUUGACCGCGAUGUGUGCGUGGUUGACCUCCACUCAAGCGUCUGGACUGGAUCUGCUGACUCAGGCUCUGCCCAAAAUCUACGACAUCCUCAGGCCUCUCUUGUCUGUUCUGACCCAGAUGGGUAUGGACAUGCCAGCGAACGCGGAGCCGUUUGAAGACCUAGCUGGAAACAUACUUGCGAUGCUGAGGCAGUUGAUGAGCACCAGUGGCCUCAUGACCCCCAUGUCCUACCAUCCCAGUAUGUACCAGCAGCAUAACGGUUACGGUAACCAUACGGGGAGGGUUCGAAACAGACGCGAGUCUCCGUUGAUGAUGAUGGCAAGGGAACCAAUGGACGACUUCAUAGACCUGUUCCAAAUCGACUACCCUGCCAUGUUCAGAGCCAUCUCCGUCCCUGUUACCACGGCAGAAAUUACAGAGACAGUCCAGAUGGUCUUCGCCAACCCUGAUCUGAGCGUUGUGAUAAAGGGAUCUACAAGAGGCAUACCGGGGGACUCGAGUGCCUUUCGGGAAAAGACAAUCGAUGCUGGUCUUGGGCUGCUCUCCUUCUUCACUCUCCCUGCGGCUGUUCAGAUGUCAUCAAUGGAUCUCCUGGCUAAUGCUGCCAAUGUGCUUCCCGCCGGUUUUCCAUUCUCCUCGGCGCUUAAAAAUAUCACCAGAGCGCUCGCCGGUGAAUCUCAAGGGAACCUGAUGCUCAUGGCAGAGACCUUCCAAAAAGCAGCUGAGCUCUUCCAGAUCAGCCCGAUGGACCCACGAUUCGCAGAGCAGCUUGGCCACCUGAGAUCUAAGGUGUGCACCUUGGAGAAAACGCAGUCUGUGCGUCAGCUGAUGUUGGCCCUCUCCAUCGAGCCCGGUCAGCUGUGUCACACUGUUCUACCCAGCCUGCAGAUCUUGACUGAGAGUCUGACGAUGAACACGACCGCUCUGACCGACGCCAUCUUCCAGGCCUUCAUUGGAGACCCUCAAACCUACAACGUCCAGUCAAACUGGUCCUCUGUGUUGACUCGAGGUUUGGGCUUUAACACCAGCAGCCUGAGCUCUUUCAACAUUAACAUCACCUCCCCAGGAGCGGUGACGGUCGGUGAGAUGCUGAGGAAUAAAGCAGCCUUCGUUGAGGAUGUUCAGAAACACAUGAAUUUUGAUACGGCUGCUCUCCACCUCCUGAUGGAAACCACACUACCAAACAACAACUUAGAGAUCCUGUCCUGGUUGAUCAACCUACGCCAUUGCAGCUCCGCAGCGGCCUUGAAUAUGGAAGAGACCGAUGUGGUCAUCUUAAACACCUUCUGCUCCUUGUCUGUUGGACAGUGGUACAGCUUCUCGCUGCUGAUGGCUCGCCAUCUCAACAUGGAGAAACUCAUCUACAGAAUGGUUUUGUCCGAGGAACUGCAGAGCCUAGUGAGAGUUAUGCUCCAGAUGGCUGAGGUUUUAACCAACAUGAUGGACACGAUUCUUCCUGCCAUUGGUCAGCUUCAAACCUUAAUGCUCUCCAUGAAUGACAUCGACCUGAUGGCCGAUCCUGAAUUUAGAGACAUGGUGAGAGGACGAAGGGAAACGCUCUCUAGCCAAGCUACAUUUGUCACCCUCUCUCGAGCGUUGUGCAGUAAAGGUAUCGUGGCUCUGCUGGGAAUCUCCAAACUCCCUGCCACGCCGAAGUCAAACUCCUUCUCCGACCCCCGCCAGAGGGAGGAGAUGAUCGAGAGGUUCAAGAUUCCACAAGAUGCCACUCCCUUCUGUAUGAACAUGUACCUGGACAUGGUCAACACCACUGGAGGAGCCAUCGCCUGGGCCUUCCUCAAACCAAUGCUGAUGGGAAAUAUUCUGUUUACCCCUGACACACCAACCACCAGGGCCAUAAUGGAGAAGGCCAAUGGCACCUUGAAGGAGUUCGGAAACCUGAGGAAAUACUCCGAGGACUGGCUUGAGUCCUCCAACUACAUCAUGAAGUCUGCCGAAAUACUGGGCCACACUUUGCCAAUGCUGCAGAAUUCCCUCGGCAAUUCCUUUGUUGUGAAUUUCAUUGAGAUGCAGACAGACAUCAAUGUCGGCAGAAUGAAGGAGACGCUCAGCAACUUCUCUAACAUGACCGUCUUGCUGGAGAAAAACAAACACAUAAUGAAACAGAUCACCACCUUGUCCACCCUGAUGGUGAACAUCUCCUCCUGUAUCAAGUUUGACCGUUACCGUGGCUUCGACUCCGCCAACGAGCUCGACACCGUAGCUCAGGACCUCGCCAAAAACCGUGAUCUCUACGCAAGUGUCAUCUUCAAGCUCCCUAAAGACGAGGGCUCAUCCAGGAAGCGUCAGGCCAGGUCCUCCUCCUCCACAUCCCCCCUGCCUCCCAAAGUCAGAUACACUAUCCGCAUGCACAUGGACAACGUCAUGCGUACCGACAGAGUCCGGAACCCCUAUUAUGUGAAGGACAACCACAUCUCGGCCAGGCUGACGCUGCGCUACAACCGGGGCUUCGUCUACCUGCAGGAGAACAUUGACCGGGCUAUCAUUGAGACCCAGACCGGACAGAGAGUCGCAGAUCCGGCCGUCCAGCUGCAGCCCUUCCCCUACCCCUGCUUCUACCGGGAUGAGUACCUGGAGGCCAUCUCUUUUGUCUUCCCAGUUAUGCUGAUGUUAGCCUGGGUGCUGUUUGUGGCUGAUUUUGUGAAGAAGCUGGUGUAUGAGAGAGAGCUGAGGCUGCAUGAGUACAUGAAAAUGAUGGGAGUCAACCCACUCAGCCACUUCUUCGCUUGGUUCCUGGAGUGCGCCACCUACUUGGUGUUGACCAUCUUCCUCCUCACGCUGGUGCUGAAGUUCGGCAGCAUUCUGCCCAACAGUGACGGCUUCCUCCUCUUCUUGUACCUCUGCGACUAUGGUUUGAGCAUCCUGUCCUUCAGCUACCUCGUCAGCUCCUUCUUCGACAAGACGUACAUCGCCGGCCUCAGUGGCAGCCUCCUCUACAUCCUCUGCUUCUUCCCCUUCAUUGUGGUGUUGGCUGUGGAGACAAAGCUCACCUUUUUCCAAAAGAGCGCCCUGAGUUUGUUUUCCCCGACCUGUUUCAGUUACGCCAGUCAAUAUAUCUCUCGGUAUGAGGCCCAAGGAGAAGGCAUUCUUUGGAGCAACUCAUACACCUCGCCCAUCGCUGGAGACAUGGCUUCGUUCGGUUGGCUGUGCUGGCUGAUGCUCAUCGACUCCAUCCUCUACUUCAUCAUCGGGGCUUACAUUCGCAUGGUCUUCCCAGGAAAGUACGGCAUCCCUGCACCGUGGUACUUCCCCUUCAAAGCCUCCUUCUGGGCCGACCUGUGCUGCUGCAUUAAGUCAAACAGUAAUGUGGGCAGAGGACUCCUCUUCACCAACAUCAUGCAGACAAACCAGCCCGUCUUCUCCGACGACAAAGGAAAAGGCAAAAGCACUCUUACCUCUCAGGCCGGGGAGGAUUUCUCAGAGCUCCCAGUGGGCGUCGCCCUCCAUGGUCUCAGCAAGAGCUAUGGCGACCGAGUAGCCAUUGAAAACCUUAAUGUCUCCUUCUACGAGGGCCACGUCACCUCACUGCUUGGUCACAACGGAGCCGGCAAGACCACCACCAUGUCUCUCCUGACUGGCCUUUUCGCCCCAUCCUCUGGCACCAUCGAGGUGUACGGCAGAGACAUGCAGACCAACAUCGAUGACGUCCGCAGAGAGCUCGGGGUGUGCAUGCAAUAUGACGUCCUCUUUGAACACAUGACCACCAAGGAGCACCUGCUGCUGUACGGCCAGAUCAAGGCCCCACAGUGGUCACCCAAGGAACUGCAUGAACAAGUCCGCACGAUCCUGGAGGAGACAGACAUGUACGCUCACAGACACAAGCGGGUGGGCACACUGUCAGGCGGCAUGAAGCGCAAGCUGUCAAUCUCCAUCGCCUUCAUAGGGGGCUCUCGCUUGGUGGUGCUGGAUGAACCCACCACAGGAGUCGAUCCCUGCUCCAGGCGCAACAUCUGGGACAUUGUUAUCCAGUACAAGAAACAUCGCACCGUCAUCAUGUCCACCCACCACCUGGAUGAGGCUGAAGUACUGAGCGACCGCAUCGCCUUCCUGGAGAGAGGAGGGUUAAAAUGCUGCGGAUCCCCCUUCUACCUGAAAGACAAGCUGGGCCAGGGCUACAAGCUCACUCUCACCAAGAAGAUGCAGAACCUCGAAUCGGAGCGGAUUGACAAUGCUGAACUGAAGGACUUCAUCCAGGCUCAUGUACCAGCAGCGCGACUGAAGGAGGCCCACGGGGGCGACCUCAUCUACUCCCUGCCCCCCUUCACCUCGUCCAACGCCUCCUCAUACCGCUCCCUCCUGACCGCGCUGGACUCCAACCUGGACGCCCUGCAGCUGGGGGGCUAUGGCAUCUCUGACACCACCCUAGAGGAGGUGUUCCUCCAGUUGACUCACGGAGACACAGAAAUUGAGGAUGAGGUCGGCCCCCUGUCUACCUCAGAGAUGGUUUCUGACACUGAUUCCAUGGACAGUUUCCCUUCAGUGUCCAGCGGAAGCAUCUCCGGCUUUGGUGACAACAUCAAGCUUACCGGUUCCUCCAUGGUGCGCGGCAUGGCCCUGGCCUGGCAGCAGAUGUCAGCCAUACUCAUCAAGAGGUUCCACCACAGCCGCAGAGACUGGAAGGGCCUGAUCUCCCAAAUCCUGCUCCCCAUUCUGUUCAUGGUGUUUGCUAUGGGCCUGGGCACCAUCAGGAGCGACCUGCGGCACUAUCCUGAGAUGGAGCUCAGCCCUGCGCUUUACAACUUGGGACCGAGCUUCUCUUUCUUCAGUAACCAAAAUCCCAACUCCGCCCCGCUGACGGACAGCAUGAUGUCAUUCCCCGGGAUCGAUAACGCCUGCCUCGACAAGUCCGAUAACCCGGUCUGCAGAGGAAGCACAAACAAGUGGAGUUCCAGCGGGAACAGCUCCAAAGCAUUUAGUGUCUGUAAAUGCACCAGUCAGGAACAGAUCUGUGACAGCCACAGCUUCCAGCCCCCCCAUAAGAAAAUCCCUUCAUCUCAGACUGUGUAUAACCUGAGUGGCAUCAAUGUGGAGAAGUAUCUGGUGGCCACAGCAAAUGACUUCAUCAGGAACAGAUAUGGUGGCUUCACUUUUGGCAUGCCGCUCCCUCAUGACUUAAAAAUGGACCUAAGAGCGGUGCCCAAAAACCGUACUCUGUCUAAGGUCUGGUUCAACCCAGAGGGCCAACACACCAUGCCAGCAUACUUAAACAGCCUCAGCAACAUCAUCCUACGCUCCAAUCUUCCAGCAGACAAGGAUCCGCGUAAAUAUGCCAUUUCAGUUUCCAGUCACCCCUAUUUCGGCCGGCCGGAUGAUGAAGAUUCAAUUGUCCAGGGAAUGCUCCAGAUCCUGCUGGCCUUGUGUGUGCUGACGGGUUAUUCGAUCACGACAGCCAGCUUCGCCAUCUAUGAAGUCAACGAGCACCACAGCGGCUCCAAGAGGCUCCAGCACAUCUCUGGCAUCAGCGAGCCCUUCUACUGGGCUGUGAACUUCUUUUAUGACAUGGUCAUAUAUUUGAUCCCUGUGACCUUGACCGUUGGUGUGAUUGCAGCCUUCCAGAUUCCAGCAUUCACAGAUCGGCAAAAUCUGGCUGCUGUCGCCCUUCUUCUGGUGCUCUUCGGGUUUGCUACGUUCCCCUGGAUGUAUCUGUUAUCAGGCGUCUUCAAGGAUGCAGAGAUGGCUUUCAUCACCUAUGUGUGCAUCAACCUCUUCAUCAGUAUCAACACCAUCAUGUCCACCUCCAUCCUGUCCUUCCUGAGUCAAAUUUCAUUAGGCAACUCUCAGGUCAUCCAGGAUCUCUUCAACAGUCUGAGCAACGCCUUCCUGAUCUUCCCUCAGUUCAACUUUGGGAACGGGCUGAUGAAGCUGGCCAGGAUGAACAUAGAGGUCCAGUUGCUCAGUGGCUACGGCAUUGACGCCUAUAAGAACCCGUUCUCCACGGAUGCCCUGGGCUGGAUGUUCAUCUCCUCCUUCAUCCAAGGAGUGGUCUUCUUCACCCUGCGCCUCCUGCUCAACAGGUUUAUCAUACGCAAAGUCAGGAAUCUGAUUUGCAGCAGAAAGACGGUGCCACAGGUGGCUUAUGAGGACGAGGAUGAGGAUGUGGCAGCUGAGAACCUACGGGUGUCCAGCGGAGCAGCCAGCACGGACAUACUGCAGGUCAACCAGCUGACGAAGGUCUAUCAACACCUCAGGAAGAAGGUCCCCGCUGUCAAGAGCCUCUCUGUGGGCAUCCCUGCAGGAGAGUGCUUUGGUCUGCUGGGAGUGAACGGAGCAGGAAAAACGACCACCUUCAAGAUGCUGACGGGAGAUGUUAGCCCCACUGAUGGCACCGCACAGAUCAGGGACUGGGAUGGGCGGUUGGUAGACAUUAUGGAGUGCCGUAACAAGGGAAUCAACAUCGGCUACUGUCCCCAGGUGGAUGCGCUGGACAAUCUGCUCACCGGAAAAGAACACUUGUACUUCUACGCUCGCAUUCGAGGCGUCUCAAAGAGGGAGAUAGACGGGGUGGUGAACUACCUACUGAAGAGGCUGGAGCUGGCCUACCAUAGAGACAUCAUUACCGACGGUUACAGUUGCGGCACCCGCAGGAAGCUCUCCACCGCGCUGGCUCUCAUCGGGCAUCCGCAAAUCCUGCUCCUGGACGAGCCAAGCUCUGGCAUGGACCCCCGCACCAAGCGUCACCUGUGGAAAAUCAUCUCUGAAGAAGUGAAAGGAAAAUGCGCCGUGGUCCUCACUUCUCACAGCAUGGAGGAGUGUGAGGCACUGUGCAGCCGUCUUGCCAUCAUGGUGAAAGGUCAGUUCCGUUGCCUGGGCUCCCUGCAGCACAUUAAGAACAGGUUCGGCAGCGGGUUCACUGUGAAGAUGUACUUGGCGGAGGCCUCCUGUGACGUAGAGGCAAUCACUGGCUUCAUGCGAGGCCGAUUCCCCAGCACUUAUCUCAAGGACCAGCACUCCACUAUGGUGGAGUACCACGUACCAAUUGCUCCAGGAGGGGUGGCUGACAUCUUCGACCAGCUGGAGUCCAACAAGAAUGCUCUGCAGAUCAAACACUUCUCUGUGAGCCAGACCACACUGGAUGAGGUGUUCAUCAACUUUGCCAUGGAAAAGAUCGCCAUGGAAACCGUACCACUUAGGAGUGAAGACGAAUAUGACGACCUGGACUCCAUCAAGACAGUAGAAACAUAGAGCUGACUGCCAUCUGUGUUUGUGUCCACUGUGAAAUGAAACACAAUAUCUUUUUUUUUAUAGUAAACCUCUCCUUAAUAUAUAUGUGAAAAAUGAAAGUUUGUGUUUUAAAUAAUACUGAAAUACUGAUUAUUUCUUCUCUUGACUGAUCACAUGAAGUAUAACUUACAUUUCUACCAAAUUAAACUAUUAAUGGAAAAAAAGAAGAGCACAUGCACUUUUGUAUACAUGCACAGAUGAUUUUCACAGCGUUUUCCAUCUAACAGGUCACACACCUGUUUGCUUUUAAUCCUUUAUUAUUUAUGAAGGAUAAAAUUAAUUGUGUAGGCUAUUAAUUUCUCUCUGUGGUUGGGGCACUUUUCACUAUUAAGAUUACUAUACCAUAGCAAAUUUCAUUUCAUUUUUUUUUUUCAUUUCAAAGAUUUAUUUCGAACAUGUAGAAUACAAAAAAAAAAAAGAAAGAAAAAGAGAACGAUGAAAGAAGUAUAAUUUACAUACAA